GGAUCAGCACUGGACCGAAGCCUGAUCGGGGAUAGUAACGACUUUGGGACAAGGACUAUUAAGCAGUUAACCACUCUUGCCCUUAGUCAAUUCCAGAGGUCCUCUAGGGUUUUACGUUUAGAAUUUCUCUGAAAUGGAGCCUGUGGCUUUGUUGGUAGACAAAAUUAAAGGGCUUGCUAAAUCUGGCCAAGGAUUCGUCGACGGUCUUCUUCAUCGCCGGGAAAAUUUUACUCGCCGAAAUCCGAUUGAGAUCCUGAAGCGGUUGCAACGAGAAGCAUUUUCAGAUCUAAUGAAACUUAGGGACAGGCAAGACAAGGUUGAGCGAACGCUUUCCUUCUAUAAAGCAUCCAAGAGAAGUCCAUUUCAAGAAGCCAGUACCCAUGUGAGGGGAGAGAUUGAUGUGCUGGGGGCAAUAUUAUUGUUGGGCAAUGUUGAUCAGCGGCAUCACGAUGCUCUUGGUAGAGCAGGAAUUAAAACUGGAAUUGAUUCAAGGUUCACUUUUGAAACAACUAUCCGGGAGAAGGACGCACUUCUGGCUGAGCUUGUGGGAACUACAAAAUGUGAUGACGAAGUUUCACUAAGUGCACUUUCUCUGGCAAAGGUAUCAUACAUAGCAAAUAUUAGUGACUGGUUCUCUGCAAUUGCAUCCCCAGUGGGAGCUCAGUUCAGAGAUCUUGGAAUCACUACCAACUCUUUGAACCAGGGCCUGACUGAUCUUUCAUGUGUUGGGCCACCACUCUUGAAUCAGCCUAAUGGUAGUACAAUUGGCUUGAAAGUAAGAAAAUCAAAUGUGACUGCUUCAAUGGCUCAGUCUGUUUCUGGAUUUGGAAUGCAACCAUGUUCUGAUGGAAUUGGGCGGUGCUUCAGUACAUUCGGCGGACUUGUCUGUCAACUACCUAGAGGAAUAAAACUCUCACUUUUGGGUGUCCACCAGUUACGAAAAUCAUCUAGUCACCAUGCCAAGCUUGGAGCCCUCGCCAUUCCCAUGGCCUUUCUGAAGCAUCAUAAAGCUCCUGAGACAAUGGUCGAAGCAUCUGCUCCAUUGUCAGAAACAAACACCCUUCAAACUUUCUCAACAGGAUCAAUUGUUGUGAAGGUGGAGACAGAACUUGAUGAGAACACUACAAUUAGUGGUUGGAUUGAAAUGAACAAUUCGAAUUCCAACCCGUUACAAUGGGCUGUCAACUUGUUCGAUGAUUCUGAAGAUGAAUCUGGAUGGCGUAUGUGUGUAAGUGGGAUGAUGGCUGAGGGUUCCCGUAAAUGGACCCAUUUGCAGGCCGAAUCAUACCUAAAAUUAAAUUUAGGGAACAAAUUCAGUAUAAAACCAGGCAUUGCAUAUGCAGUGGAAAGUAAUGCCAGAAUAUUUGCCCUCAUGCUUCGGUCGAACUGGUCCUUCUGAUUGAUGUCUUCUUUUCUUUUCUAUUUUUCUUUUCUUGGAAAUUCAAAAUUAUUUUCAGAUAGUUAAUCAUUAUUACACUGUUAAUAUGUGCAAUUUCUGGAAAAUAAAAUCAAUGGGAAGCAGUUUUAUUAGCAGCUA